GAGAAAAGGGCGAGAAAGGUUUCCGGCCGGAGAAAUGCCCAUCGCCGGUGUUUGCUGGCAAGUGGAGGUGCACCGACCACGAAAUAAAAAAGAGGGCAAUGUAUGCUACACGCCGAGCUGCAUCACAUCUCCUGAAUGGUCAACCUUAGACCUUAAUAUUCUCAAUUUCUACAAAGCAGAGAGGAUGGAUGGUGACCAGGAGCAACGACUAGCGAGGAGGAUUUUGUGGUGCUAAUUGACAUCUUCGUCUUGCUUGAUUCAUAGGGUGUAUUCGUCUAUUAAUGCAGGCGGCUAGGUAAUGGAUCGAGGUGGUCUAGCAUUUCCAGGGGGUUCCGAUAAGGGGGCUGGGCUGCCCCGGCGAGGAUAAUAAGUCCGGGGUUGGUACUUCAAUAUCAAAUUUGUAUUAUCAUCACUUGACAGGUAAAAACAAAUGAGUGGAUGAGCAGCAUGGUAGUCAGUGAUGCUUCGCGACAUGGAUGGCUUGCGAGUUUUACAGGUUGGGGUGUUAUAUGCAGGGUUGUUGGAAUAGGCUCCAUCAGGUUGAAGACUCAUAAUGGUACACUUUGCACCUCGAGUGAAGUUAGGCAUAAUCCUUUUUUGACAAAGAAUCUCAUAUCUUUGGCUCAUCUUGACCGUAAGGGUUUCAAUUUCCAAGGGUUCUAAUUUGGCCGAUUCCAUUGUCGUUGCACCAUUUGAGAUUCAUAGAGGUAAUGAAAGUCUUGAUGUAAACGAAGAGGUUCCAUCUGCGGAGAUUGAGACUAUUGAUCACCUAGAAGAAGUAUCUGUUUCUGCGCCUAGUGACGUGAUCAGCGCCCCGAGAGGGUGCGAUUUGGCUUCAGGUCUAGGUUAGCUUUAUUUGUUUUGUUCAUUCUAUGAAGAGUCAACUCUAGGUAUAGUUUGAUUCCAUUGGUCUUUCAGCUUGAGUUAUCGGUUGCAAGCAUGAGGGGAAUCUAUUCUGAACUCAAGUAAAAUAAUUUGUUUCUGUUCCU